GAGGUGCGUGGGCAGAGACGCAUUUAUUUCUGCAGAGGAACCAGAGACGGGCAUGUUUGUGAAGGAAGGCGUGUAGUGUAGGUAGUGUGGGAAGUACAGGCCAGGCAGCUGGCAUUAGGAAUCGCACUGUUGUACCUGAAAGCUCCCCUAGCUCACCUCAGCCCUCUCCUCUAACCCUUUUCUGAUGUCUGUUUUUAGAAAAGAAAACCUUAUCUGAUGGUGGAAGAGGAACAUCCAGGGGACGGGGUGGAACCACCAGUGUUCCGCGUGGAUGAAACCACCCCCAAAGUCGUGCAAAGCGUCCUCCUGGAGCACGGCUGGAAUGAAUUUGAUAAAGGAACGUGGGACGCGGAAGACGAAGACUGGAACCUGUACUGGAGGGCUUCCCCUUUUCCAAUGGUGGAGCAUGCCAACCUCAAGCCUUGGCAGCAACUGAACCACCACCCAAGAACAGCCAAACUCACCAGGAAGGAUGACUUGGCAAAGCUCCUAAAGUACAUGAAGGGGGUUUACGGUGCUUCUCUUUACGAAUUCAUCCCUCUGACAUUCAUCAUGCCCAACGACUACCACAAGUUUGUAGCUGAGUACUCCAAAGAGAGACAGAUGUUCGGUACGAAGCCCGGCUACUGGAUCUGCAAGCCUGCGGAAUUAUCUUGUGGAAGAGGCAUCCUAAUUUUCAAUGACAUUGAAGACUUAGUCUUCCAUGAUACAUACGUAGUGCAGAAAUAUAUCUGCAACCCUCUGCUUGUUGGUAAAUAUAAAUGCAACCUCCGUAUUUACGUUUGUGUCACUGGCUUUAAGCCUCUGACCAUUUAUAUUUACCAGAAAGGGUUAGUACGGUUUGCCACUGAAAAGUUCGACCUCAGUAAUUUGCAAAACAAUUAUGCCCACCUGACCAACAGCAGCCUCAAUAAAUUGGGGGCCUCCUACGAGAAGUUCGAAGACGUGAUCGGCCGUGGUUGCAAGUGGACCCUCAGCAGGUUCUUCUCCUAUCUCUGCAGCAGUGACGUGGAUGACCUGCUCUUGUGGCAGAAAAUCAACUGCGUGGUCAUCCUGACGGUGCUCACCAUUGCUCCCUCAGUCCCCUGUGCUGCCAACUGCUUCGAGCUCUUCGGGUUUGACGUUCUGAUUGAUGACAACUUGAAGCCAUGGCUCUUAGAAGUCAACUUCAGCCCGGACUUGUCCUUGCACUGUUCCACUGAUGUGUCAGUGAAGAGGAAACUCAUCCAUGACGUCAUCAGAUUGGUUCACUUAACUGGCCCAAGAAACCAGGGGAAAGGAUGUGGCCGUGCCCCCCAGGGUGAUGCCAGCAUCUCCUUUGCCAACAUUGAUAGAGGGGGGCUCAGUAAUGUGUACAGUUCUCCACCCUAUUGGUCUUUCUUACAGGUCACAGGUAGAGUUUUCACUAAGGAUGAACCCACCAUGGAGAAAGGUGAAAGAACAUGUUCUAAAAACACACAGACUUCCCCACUUAGGGAACAAACGAACAAGCAAGAUGUACUUCUAGCAACGAGAGAGCCACCCAAGACCGAACCCAAGUUAACGAGCAAGCACACACCGCGCAAGCCCUUCGUUCCAUACCGUCCACGCAUCCAGGCGCACGGCUGCAAGACGAGCUUCUCCCCGGACAGCAGCCAGGAGCCCAAGCCCCAGGCAGGCAACUUCCUUCUCAUUUUCCCUUUCAAUGAGGCUACUUUUGGAGCUUCCAGGAAUGGAUUAAAUAUCAAAAGGAUAACUCGAGAGCUCCAGAAGCUUAUGAACAAGCAACCAUCCCAAAUGGCCAAAAAUGAAACAAAAAGAAGGUGA